AUGGGAUACUGGGAGGCGCACACAGAGAAAAAGAGAGAAGACAGUCCCAUCUCUUCAUUCCCUGUCUGCCCAGUGUCUGAGACUGAACACGGUGACUUCAUUAUAUUACUCCUCUCCGUAUCUGGAAUUUAUUUCUACUUAAAGGGUUCUCAUGCGGGAACAGACAGCGGGCUAAUUAUUGGACCCAACAGGAAAAUGGUUCCAGUUAAACUCCUAAUUCUGGGAGCUCAGAACACUGGAAAAACAGCACUGUGUGUUCGUUUCUUAACCAAGCGCUUCAUUGGCGAAUACGACCAUAAGAAGGAGGUGACCUACAGAUGCAGUCGGGUGGUGGACCAGGAAACUGUUGAUCUAGAGAUUUUGGAUAUGGCUUGGAAGGAGAACUCCGUGGCUUCUCUGGAGUCUUCCAUCCGCUGGGCAGACGGCUUCCUGCUGCUCUACUCCAUCACACAGCGCCUCAGCUUCCUGGAAGUCCCUCGGCUCAAGAAACUCAUCGACCAAACCAAACAGAGUCUGGUUGUUCCCACAGUGCUGGUAGGCAAUAAGGCAGACCUGGAAAUUGGCAGGGAGGUGCCAACAGAGGAAGGACAGAGACUGGCCAAAGAGUUAAGGUGUGUCUUCAGGGAGCUGUCGGUGGCAGAAGCAGUUUUAGCUGUGGAAGCAGCAGUGCUUCAGCUCAUCAGGCUGGUGCUGGAUCAGCAGCGGCCUCUGCCUGACCGCCGCUCUUACAUGCUGACUGUUCGCCACGCUCUGACCAGGAAACUGACCCGAUCUAAGACCAUGCAGUGGUGACCAGCAGCGAACAAAUUCAGGUGUUUUUACAGCGGGACAUUUGAGAAAACUGUGUGCUGUCUUACUCACACCAAUUCCAGCUCAGCCUGAGAUAAUCUGGAAGAGAGGAUGGAUGAGUACAAUAUUAGUAGGAGGAAUAAUGUGUCAACAGGUGAAGAGUCGAGUGAACUUCAGUAAUGGGCAAUCACAUCAGCUCCUGUUUUCCACUUUAAAAGCAGCAGACGGUUUAAUGGGCCUGGAUGAGAGUCCAAGGCUGUUCAUCAGAGGGGAUUACACAGUGGCCCAAAUACACUUUCAAGGACAGAGGAUGUCCUCUUUUAAAGAUAUAAUAUGUAACAUUUCUGCACUAUAAACACUAGAACUAUGUUUUGUAUGAUGUUGAGUUCUGCACUUACAUUACAACAAUGUUCAAACUCAGAGAAAAAUGUCAUUUUAUUCAGGUAAUGUUGUUAUUGUUUUAAUGUGAGAGGGGGGUCCUAGUGGCUGCAAUUAUAUAUUAUAUGUUUAGGUUGAAUUUUAGUGUUAGAUCAAGUUAUUUUAGAAGACUGCAGUUAGGGUAGAAAUACAUUAACUUG